CGUAAGCCCCGAGGAAUAUGCGACAGGCUAUCACCCGGAGGACAUUCCAUUGGAUAAUAUCAUCGAAAUGGCUUUAGGUUGUACAUUUCUAAAGAUACUACUAAAGACACGGUACCCCCCAACUGAAGAUCAAACUGAUUACUGGCAAGAUACUCUGCAACUCUCGCAGGCUUCAGCCGACGACGCAUCUACAAACACAAAUAGUUUUAUAUUCUACUGUAUUCUAUCUAUCUUAUAUACCACGGGUGUCGGACUAAAUCUAAAUGAUAUCGGGGGCGGAAAAUUAGAAUGGUUACCCGCUAGACCACCUCUAGUAAAUCUUGAUGCUUAAGGAAGAGGAAAUGAAAGAGAAAAUUAUAGAAAAAUAGUCGCGGUUAGUCAGAGUAUACUAUAUAUCGUUACUAUCAUAAUAUAUGAAAAUGAGUAAAUAGUAUCUAGUCC